AAAAAUGUUCUUCAUGGACAAAGGACAAAGACACUAGCCGGCACUUACAAAUAAGGUAAGCAGAAACCUGUUAAAACAAAUUCUGCAUAUUGGAAACUACUAAAAUAGUGUCCUGUCCUAUGUACUUGUAAGAAAACAUAAAAACUAAAAGAGUCAGUAGAAGUGUAAAUAACUUCGAUACAGGAGGAAUACACAGUAUCCUCGAGAGUGGCGUAACUCCACCUGAGAUCCGACGGGGUCCAGGAGCGGUUAGUACCGCGGCUGGGUUAGAGUCCCGGGGGUUGAGGUCCCUAAAUUCUAGUUGUUGUUACGAUAUGAAAACUCCAAAAACGUUUGGGAAAAUAGGUUUAUAAACCUUGGAGAGAUUGAAAUAUCGCUGUAUAAAACUCCUCAAAACAACAAAAUAGGUUGUUUUACGAGGGAAAAAUGAGGGGAGAACAAAAAUACAGUCGAAGGAAACUGCAGUUGAAAACAGAGACUGAGUAGUCUUUCGAUAACACAACUUUAAGCUAAAUAAAAUACUGUGUGGGUAUCGAAUGUGUAUAUGACACUAACUUUGUGUGUGUAUUUUAAGUGUUGUUGAGGUAAGAAUGGAAGUGGGGAGAAUAAGACUCUGAGUAAAUCGUUGUGUGAAUACUCGUUGUGUGCUGGGUCUGCGGCUGAUGAACUGACGGGAUACCUAACAAUGUAAACGAACAUCGUUCAUUCGCUACAGUUUAGGGCGGGGUGGGCGGUGAAAACCGUCCAUAUCUGAUCAACAGACACGCAGCGAGGGCUAAAUCACCCAGUUGAUAAGCGAGACAUCUUAUCUUUGGAGUAAACGCUGUGGUUCUUGUGAUAGGACACCCAGUGGGAGACCGGACCGACCUUUAGGGCCGGCCUAGAAGCUUGUCUCUCAGAGAACCGCAGUGGGCUAACGCGGCUAUCUCCGGGAAGAUUGUUGUCGCAGUAAAACUGUGGAGCUCAGAGUCUAGUUAAAAAAUGGAAGGAGAGUUUGAUAGAGAAAUAGAUGAUGAUGGAUGGGGCCCGGUCAGCCCAUAUGUCACCCUGCAAAUUGGAUCCACAGCUAAUGCCCUAGCUGCCACAUCAAAGCCAACAGAUAAAGAGAAGACAGUAACAAAAGCAAAACAAAAAUUAGAACAACUUAUUCAGGACAUGGGGAAAACAUUGGAACAUAUAGGGCCCUUAGGACAAUUGAUAUUUGAUAAGCUGAACACAGCCGCUGUAAAGAGGGAUGAAGCGGAAGAGCAGGGAAAGAUUGCAGGUUUGUUGCAGAAGUCCAGUUGGAGGAAAAAGGAGCGCGACUGGGAGAAGGAGCGACGGGAGUGGGCUGAACUGUUGAUCUGCUGGCAAAGCACCAAACAUCUGCACCAAAAGGAGCUUCACUCCAAAUCGGUAACUGCACCUCAUGUCCCCACAUGUCCUCCAUCCUAUGCGCCUCCAACCCACGGCAUGUAUCCCACAUUUUACAUUGAAAGAGGCACACUCUGGCAUUAGGAGAUUUCCGCGCUGUUGCUGCUCGGUGCAUGACCCAGACUAAUCUUAGAGAUGUAGAGACGGACGCAAAAACUCUAACACUGUCCGAUGAGAUCAGAUUCACCCAACUAUGCACUGCUCUUGGUGCUGCAAUGCGUAGUCAUUUCCCACUGCCUAAUUCAGCCGUUAUGCCUAGAAUUAGAUGGGACCCCAAACAAAACCCCAGGCAGUUCUUAUGUGAAGCCAAAGAGGCCUGGACCAAUCGAACCGGCCAGUACCCCGGUAACACUGGGUCACAGGCCGAGUAGUUCCGACAAGCAGUUCUGAGUGGAGUGCCUGAGUCAGUGCAAACAGCCAUGAAAAGUAACCCUGACAUGUUAGGAUGUCAACUUUGUACAUGGGAGAAGCAUCUCGUUCAUCACCUUACCACGGCUCAAGACAAAACACAACAAGAUGAGAAAGACAAAGCAGAUUUGCAGGCACAAUUACUGAAGUUACAACUAGCCAAAGCUAGAGAUGACUUAAACGACAAAAAGAAGGGCAAGAAAGAUCAGGUCAAGGUUAUGUCUCAAACUGUAAAGCAGUGGGACGGCGAUAACAUUCAGGAGUCUGGGACGCCACAUUUCAGAAGAAGGGGAGGACAAAAUAGGGGAAGGGGAGGCCCACGGGGUGGAGGAAGGAGAGGGUUUUCUGGGGGAAGGCCUCAAGGAGGAAACCAAGGCUGUUUCCUGUGUGGGGACUCCUCCCAUUGGGUGAGGGAGUGCCCAUAUAACCCUGCUCAGUCACAAAGAGGGUUUCCACAGAGAGGAGGAGUUCAGAACCGGGGAGGAACACACCCUCCUCAGUCUCAAGGGAGAGGACCCGCACCACAGUUCCCCUUGUGGCAAGACACUGAGUGACACGCCCCACAGAGAAGCCCUAGACAGCACCUUACGGCAGAACCGGUGCUGUCAGUGACAGUAAAUCAGGACUUGCUGCCUUUCUUAGUGGAUACCGGUGCUACCGUCUUCACUAUCAAGACUGUGGAAAAGAAGCUGCUUACAUCAGACGUCAUAACAGUCAUGGGUUUCUCUGGGGUUCCUACUACGCUGCCUUACACCAAGCCUCUCACAACAAGGCUUGGCUAUCAGACUGCGUUGCAUCCUUUCAUCUACUCCCCUGAGGUACCUUCCAACCUGUUGGGGAGAGACCUCCUGACUCGAUUGGGGCUACUAUUCUCUGCUCGCCUGAUGGACUAACAGUCUCAUUCCCUGAUGGAACAUCUCUACCCUGCGCCAGUAUUGAGUCUUCACAUUCAAGCCAAUACAUGAUUCAGCCAGUUGCAGACAGAUCGGCUGACAUCUACUGGGGUCUCCUACACAGUGAAACUAGUGAUAAAAGUGGAAUCCUGUCGGCUUACCUGACUUGGAAACCCUGGAUCUCCCAAAUACACCCCUAUGUGGCCCCUCCUGACCCUCCUCAUAUGACAUUGUUUUAUGAUAGAGAGGAUACACAGUGGUAUGAGGAACAGUUUAGCAGGGACAUAGAGGGAACUAAUUGGGCUCUUUCCACUAAAACAUUUAUGUGGCUCCCAUAGGUGUAGCGGCAGAAGUUUCUCUCACCCCAGAGCAACUACAGUGGUACAUGAUGAGUGACGAGGCUUGCCCCCAUGUGUCUUUAGCCUUACAUCCAGAGCACCAAGCCAAAGAGCUGGGUUCUAUAGUUAAAACAGCACAACUGCAAACUGAUUGGCAGAGGGUUGGCUCUUCGUUGUGGUAUUCACCCGCAACUCAAAUCUACAAAAUACAGGUUUCUUGCACUGACCAUGCUCUCCUUGAACACGCUCAAAUCUCCCGCCACCAUGGCCGAGAGAAAACAGAUCACCCCGAAGCAGCAUUGUUGUUAGAUUCACUGCCUUGACUCACUAUGGUCCACUGGGCCCACGGAUGUUGGCCUAGUCGACUGCCCCCCAUUUACUUUCAAGCUGAAAAAUAACAACCCAGUGUGGGUUCCCCAAUACCCAAGUAAAAAAGACGCCGAAAUCGGCAUUGCAGAUACCAUUGAAGGUCUAUUUGAAAAGGGGGUGUUGGUAGAAACAUCCUCGGAAUGGAACACUCCCAUAUGGCCCAUUAAAAAGAAGGGCACUGGUAAAUAUCGCAUGGUUCAUGAUCUUAAGGCCAUUAACUCUGCGUUAUGCACGCAAACCAUCCCAGUUCCCAACCCUUACGUUGCGUUGACUAAUCUUGAUCCUCGCCACCAAUGGUUCACCUGUAUCGACCUCGCUAAUGCAUUUUUCUGCCUACCACUAGCCGAAGAAUGUGGAAACAUUUUUGCCUUCACCUACCGAGGGGUCCAACUGACCUAUUCUCGUCUUCCUCAGGGAUUUGCUCUAUCACCUGGCCUAUUUAAUCAGGUAUUAAAGGAUGUUUUGACGGAUUGUGCUACCACCUGGAAUAAAAAACAUAGCACUAACUAAGGCGCACGGAGUGGGACAUGUCGGGGCUGCACAGAUGCAGAGAAACCUCGAAAAUUGGUGGCACCCAUUUUUGAAAGAUAUGUGUAAAUAUCAUGUACAUACUUGCCCUGAAUGCACCAUGUAUAAUGCACAACCAACAGUCAGACCGCAUCCUGGACGUUUCCCUCUCGAGACGAAAACAGGGAAAGAAAUCAUCAUAGAUUACACAGAUAUGGUGAACUCAGUAAAAGGGUACAGGUAUAUGUUGGUAUGUGUGGAUGCGUAUUCAGGUUGGCCAGAGGUACUCCCUACAAAAAGGGAAGACAGUAAGACAGUGGUGAAGUUUUUGGUAAACCAGUAUAUCCCCAGACAUGGUUUUCCUGAGAAAACCCGAUCAGAUAAUGGUACACAUUUCAAAAUCCAUGAUCUGCAAAAGGUUGAAGAAAUGCUGGGGUUGAAACACAAGUUUGGUUCGGUCUACCACCCACAAUCCCAAGGAAACGUUGAAAGAAUGAACCAAACACUCAAAUCUAAAUUGGCAAACAUCUGUGCACAGACCAAAAUUAAUUGGCUAGAUGCGCUACCCCUUGCCAUCAUGUCUGUUCGAAGCUCAAUAAACCAAAGCACGGCCUUUACUCCCUUUGAGCUGACCACAGGCAGGAGGUUUCCAGUGCCCCAGUCCAAGCUUAUUGGAAUCAAAGGUGAUGAUCAGUCAUUAACCCACACGCAGUAUUUCCAUGCUUUACAAGCCCUUGUUGCAGAGUAUUCCAAGCAGGUGGGGGAGAGAAACAAGGAAGACACAGCGACUCCACCAAGCACAGAGUGGGUCCUACUGAAGGUGCUCAAGCGAAAAUGGACCGAACCCAGGUGGACGGGUCCAUAUCGAGUGACUGAACGCACCUCGCAUGCUGUUCGGCUGAACGGCAAGGGAGACACGUGGUUCCACUGGAGCCAGUGUGGAGCGGCGGACGCCCCUGCACGCACGUUGAGAGAGACACGUACCGAGUUCCGUGAACAACAACUACGGGAGAAGACCACCAAUCAACAAGGGGCAGAAUAAUCCCCUGGUGGCAUCAGGGUGAGGUGGUCUACCCAAAAUCCCUGUGGGAGGAGGUGAAAUAGCGCUCUUCUCCUACACGUGGUGUGCCAAACCACCAACCAGAUUCGUCGAGGGACCAAGAAGAUCGUGACAACCAUCGACCUCCUUAUUCUCUGUUGGUUUGGGUCUUUCUUUGGGCCCUGAUACAUCUGUCCAUCACGGGUACAACUCAAGUUUAAGGUGCCACUAAGUAUUAGUACUUAGUCGAAUUUUUAAGUCCAUAUUAUACGAUGUUUUGAUUUGUGAUCUCUUUAAUAGAGAUCAAAAGGGGGAUUAAUGAGUGUACAAAGCAAACGUCCUGACCUCAAUUUGGCUCAGUGUGCCAAACACUGCACCUACAGGAAACAGAUGUUUGAACAAUAACGAACGUAACAGGAAACUAAGCAAACACUGCACAUACAGGAAACAGAUGCUUGAGCAACAACCAACUUAACAGGAAACCAAGAGUACUUCCGAGACACGAGACACAUAGCAACUGACGUCAGUCAGUAGACUGACCAAUCAGAUAACUACUAGCACAGUGUAUACAAGCUGCUGUACAACAAACUCUCAGACAGAUCGCUUUGGGUUUUCCUGGUACUACUGUUCAAGUGUACUAUACGAUCUCCGCUCUCUGCAGACUGCGUUUAAUAAAAUACUUCUACUUGACUCAA